UGCUUAAAAACUCUUGGAGCAGUGGACAAAACAGCAACUACAUCCGGGUAAGAUUUGUGUGACCUUGGUUGGGUAAUCGUCAUGGCGGCCAUCGUCAGGAUAAGUUCAGUCUGCCACAGAGGUGGCAAACUUUUGUUUUAUCGCAGCUCUCUGCUCGCACGACCCUUGGUCACACAGCAAAAGGACCAAGACCGGUCCUACCUGUUGACAGCUAGGAUUCAUGGAUCCUCAUCUCUCCGGGCCGGCUCUGUGUCCAAAGCUGCCUCCCUGCAUUGGACAGGAGAGCGUGUGGUGAGCGUACUGCUGCUGGCCUUGGGGCCUGCUGCCUACUACUUCCCCGGACCUGCUGUUGACUACUCGCUGGCUGCUGCCCUCACCCUGCAUGGCCACUGGGGGAUUGGACAAGUCUUAACGGACUAUGUUCAUGGAGAACCGAAGAUCAAGAUGGCCAACGCAGGCCUCUUCCUGUUGUCAACUGUCACCUUUGCCGGUCUCUGCUACUUCAACUACAACGAUGUAGGCAUUUGUAAAGCGGUGGCCCUAUUAUGGAGCAAAUGAAUGGACUGAGGUUUGGAAUGGGGGGGGCGUGGGCACUGGGACAUCGGCCAUCUUGUUCUGAUAUGAUUGUAAACAUUCAAGGGAUUAUGUACAUUUCUAUAAAUAUAUAAUUUCACAAGUGUUGUAAUUCAUGUUGAGGUUUGUGUUGUACUUCAACAGGCCUGUUAAUGAUCUGCUCCUGUUGAUUUUAUGAUGUGGACUAAACUAAAUAUAAGUUGUCCUUCUGACCCCAAUCAAACAUGCACACACAGUGUAUGCUGCCGUUUAGUGAAAUGUUAUACGGUUAACUUCUACCUGGGGCCUGUUAAAGGGUGCAAUUUUACAGAACGCUUCGAUAGAAAUGCAUUUUGUAGAUAGAAUAGGGAAUUGUCAGGUUUAUUCAAUGCAUUUCUAGCUUCCUCUCACUGAGUUCACUCCUGUUAUCAAACUGCUAUAUUCCAAACACUUUGUGUAAUGCUAAUGAGGAAGUAUCCUGUGAUUGUCCUUAAUUUCAGAUCUACUAUGGCAAAUUAAUUUCGUACAGAAGAGAUUAUGUAGACAUUGCAUUCUUAUUUGUGGUAUGUUUUGAGUCCGUCACCAAUCUGUAAAUAACAGCUUCAAGCUUCAAGCCCUUCAAGACCAUUGCAGUCAGCUUAGUGCCACACAUGGUUGACCUUGCAGUCUGAUUUGAUUGACAAGAGCAAAUGGGUGUGACCACUAGCAGUAUUUAAACCUCAUAGCCAUACUGUUCUGGACUUUAUGGGUCUGUUCAGAAAGGGUGUGAUGUUAGAAAACGUUCAGAUAGGUAUGCAUUUUGUCAUGCAGAAUUGGGCAUCACCACAGCUCUAUUCAUGACAUUUCUAACUGCAACGUUCUAAACAUUUCACCCCACUGAGCACAGCCCAGGUUGAGCAUGUAGAAAAGUAGGCAUACUGAUCUGUACACCAUUGCGCUUCCACUUGUACCAACCCUGUUUAUUGUCAGUCAAAUGACAAUAUCCUGGUUUUAUAGUAAUGGGCAUAAUUUACUUACACAGCUGUGCCUGGCAUCACUCUUGCUUAGUGUAUAAAUGUUAUGUUGGCAGGAAUUAAAUGUUCCAUUUAUCUGAUCAUUUGUAUGAACAGUUGCUAAGCGUCAACAAGUCAAGUACAGCUGGCAUCAAAUAUGAAGUUAAGUCAUGAGUGCAUGCACUUGGUCAAAAUGGCAUGGUUUUAUUUUGUACUGUUGGGAGUGUCGGCUGAAACAAGUAGAAGUUGUCCUGGUUAAACAGCCAAGAAACAUGAAGGUCUUGGUCCUACUACUACACAUGUCUGAAAGCUUAAAUUGCUUUGGAAAAUCAACUGUUUUGUCUUUUUAUUUGGUCUCGAUUUAUACAUGUCACCAAUCAUAAGCUGUUUAUAAUGGGUAUUUAAGCAUUAACACAAAUGGUCCCUCAUUGUAAAAAAUAACUUUCUAUGCACUGCUGAUGAGUUCAGUUGCUUAACAAAAGUACCAUAAACUGUCAUAUUCCAGGAUUUUGUAAAUCCAUAUAAACACUCAGUCCUCAGGGAGGUGCCUAACUUCAUGAGCUCUGCAUCUGGUCCAGCCUCAAGUAGCACGGACCCGACCUGACUGAAAUCUGCAGUUAGUUGUUCCAUUAAGAGCACAGCCUCAUGUGAACAGUCAAAGAUUGCUGCUGGAGGAAAAUAGGGAAGGUUUUUUUUGGGUUAGCUUUGUCUUGUCAGUGUGUUUGUGCAAACAGCUGGUAUGAAGGUACCGUAAUUAUCACACCUGGGUCGUGUUCAAUUGGGAGAAACUGUGAAAUGGUCUUGUCUCAUAAGGGAAACACAGAUGUUUUUUCUUGAACCGCUGAACCCAACUCAGUUGUCAACCCAAAGGCUAAAGAAACGUUUCAGUGUGUGUUUGUUGCUUUGUGGGAAGUUCAGCUGGACAAUAAAGCCAUACAUUACAUGUAA